AUGAUUUCUUUCAUAUUACUCUUACUGGUGAUCAGUCUACAGGCGUCCUAUGGUGACACGUGUGAAGAAAGACUUAGUAAACUCGAGAGAAUUCUAGAGAAGCUCGAACAGAGAAGCAAAUCUCAGUUUGCUGAACACGGUAUAGAGUAUGGAGUGUUUGGCGAAACAAGUCUGAAAAACAAAAGGCAACGAUUGGAGAACAAAGGACUGAGGAGGGAGAAAAUGAUGCAGAAAAGGAUGAAUGACAUGGAAAUGUUCCUAGAAAUAAGACUAAAAACCUUUGAGGAUAAGAUGGUUUCAGAUCUUCAGAAAGUGGAGGAGAAUUUGCAAGAAAAGUUGAGGAACAUGGAAGAGAAACUGAAGGAUUUUAAUAACCAGAAAAUCAUGAUAAAAGUUUUGGAAGCUAGGAUAGCCGAAUUAGAGGUGGAAAAUAAGAAACAUCAGUCCUUUGAUGAGGGCUUAAAGAGGAAAAAUGAAUCGGUCUUAGGAAAUACUGGAAAUGGAACGUCGAUUAUACAAUGGAGGAAGAUUAGACAAAGAAAAUCACUGACUUCAGCGCAAAAACGUUUAUUGACAGGAAUUCAGCCAACAAGUUCUCCUUUUCCUGAUGUGGUGGCAUUUUCGUCAUAUGUUUCUACGCAUGAAACCCACCUUACAGAAGACCACACGAUAAAGUUCGACAAAAUUGUUACCAACAUUGGUAACCACUAUAAUCCACACUCUGGAUUGUUCACGGCUCCACAACAUGGUGUAUAUGUGUUUUCAUGGAACCUCUACUGCGCUACGGAUGGAUACAUCUUUUCUCAGCUAGUAGUCAAUUCUAAUGUCGUAGGAGCAGUGUUCACAUCGGCUCAAGGAGCUGGAAAUAUUCGAGCCUCAACUUGGAUAGUAGUGGUGGAAGUAAACAAAGACGAUGUUGUUUACAUCCGUACUCAUCCAACUCAAGGACAUUCCGGGAGUCUAUACAGUCACCCUGAUUGGCGAUCGUCUUUCAACGGUUGGAAGCUUAAUUAA